AAACAAUAAUUAUACUAAAAUAUAAGAUCUUUUGCUCAUGUCGAACACCUUUUGCUCAGAACUCCACUAAUGUAUUCCAGUUCAUAUUUAUUUUUGUUAAUAUACAAAUAAAAACUUUAAAGGUUCUCUGAAACAUAAAUUUGUAUCGUUGUGUAGGCCUAUGUGAUGUAACAUCAAACUAAAAUUCAUAUCAUAAUUUUUUUUCUUAGGCAAGAUGAACAGUACCUCUUACGGCAAUACCUCAGUGAUUGAUGAAACAUCAAGUGAAAACUUUACGACGGAGAAGCCUAACUGGGAUGACGUCAUACAGUUACACUCUUAUACUUCUACGGACCGAAUUAUCAUUUCUAUCUUCAUGCCAAUUGUAGUCAUCGUAGGCAUAAUUGGUAAUAUAAUCACAAUUGUUGUUAUUGCGAAUCAUCGGAGGCUUCGCACAGCCGUUAACGUGUACCUUGCCAACUUGGCAAUAGCUGAUACGCUGUUCCUAAUGUUGGCACCUGAUUUGAUAUGGAUUUCUUAUGUUAGAACUUCAGUGCACGAUGUGUUUGACAUUGGAGCUGACAUGCUUUGGUUUUGUAGAUUAAAUAUCUACAUUGUAGACACUGCCGUGCAAGUGGCAAUUUUUACAAUAUUCUGGAUGUCAGUGGAACGUUUUAUGGCAAUUUGCCAUCCUUUGAAAUUUCGUAGCAAUAAAUUUGGACAGCCUUCAAGAUCUAUAACCAUCUGUUGCAUCAUGUGGUUGGUAUCACUGUCAUGGCAGGCGAGAAAGUUUGUCUGGAUAAAUUUAGUGUCCUCCCAGUUACCAUGGCCUGAUAUGUACAACGGAAUCCCGAAUUCUACCACAGCGUGUGUUUACUGUGCAGAAAACUGCGAAAUUUCAAAUCAUCUAUUUGUAGCAGAUAUUUUCCUAUCAUUAUCACUUAUUGUUGUCGUAGUUGCUUUGUAUACAGCAAUACUUAUCACACUUAAAAGGUCACAUUUCACAGCGAAAAAUUCUACGGGUAACAAAUCCCGAUCCAAAUCGGAGAGAAAAGUGUUCAUAACUGUCUUUCUGACAGUGGUAGUCUAUGUCACUUUCAUGGCACCAUUCGGAAUCCUUAAUCUUGUAAUCUACUACACUGAUCUAAACAUUAACGUCAUAGUCAGUCUUGUGAAUAUAUUGCGUGUUGCUGCUUAUACGAAUUCGUCGGUAAAUCCGAUUAUAUAUAAUGCUAUAAACGAAGUGUUUAGGAGAGCGUUUUUGGAUGUGUUUUGUUGCAAGCGUAGAAGCAAGACAACAACUACGGCAACUUCAAAGCACGUAAUAACUACAGUAUCACUGGCGACUUCAAAUCCUGCAUAUGUGCAUGAAUAGACGACGUUGACGAAGAAGUUGUCUGUAAAAGUCUAAUCACAAAAACAUAUUUUUGUUUUACCUACAGAAUUUUAAUACAUAAAGUAAUAGCAGUAAUCACAGUAAGCUAAAAUUUUGAUGCUGAAUGAUGAGAUCCAGAGAUGUGAUGAUGCAUCUCAGUGUUAGAGUGUGUGGUGAGACCUCACAUGUGGCCACCAUAACAAAAUAUUUAAUGUUCGGGUACGAGUGGCCAAGCGGUAAGACAGGGGCGCUGCCAGCUACAGCCUUAACAUCGGCGCUGGUCCAGCCGCUCCUUUCCAAUGGUUCGGUUGGUAGAACCAAGUCUUCUCGGAUAAGGACUUAAAAUGGA